AUGUCAUAUUCGAGACUCCGUUACCGCUCAGAUCGUCGUUUCCUCGUCGCCGACCACGACGAUAUCGCGGCCAAAGCUGCUGAAAUUGUACAUGUCCUCCUUUCGGUUCUCGAAACGGACGAUGUGGAUCCAGAGGCCCCGUCGACGUCCAGUCUGACUUGUCAUUCCCACAAAACUUCGAGAAAACGGCAAGAACUGCGGAAUUCGGUCAGCACUGUUGCAUCCUUCAUCUACGAAGCAGGUAUCUCCGCAUCACAGACGUCGCGUACAGUUGCUCUAGUCGCAGAAGCGACCUACACCGUCCUACAUCAUCGUGGGUAUCCAGAAGUAGCAGAAGAAUUUAGGGACGAGCUAGAGUCCCUCGCUAUCGAAGGUUUCAAUACCUGCUGGACAACUGCCCUCUCGCCAUCGUACCACAGCCUCAGACGGUCAUCCUGCACCGAGGACGACCUCCUCUCCACCUCCUCCUUCCUGGGUGAUCUCUACGCCAUGGGCCUGCUCUCACCUUCCUCCCUCCAGAGCUCUGUCGAGCUCAUAGCGGACAACUUCACUGAUCCUUACUUCCACAUUGCGUGUAUGGUGGUCAUCAUUUCCCGCGCGAUGAGCUACAGCGGACUGAGGAUCGAACUUGGGUGGUUUAUCGAUAUCGUCGAGGUUGUCAGGACCCGAUGUGAAAUGGAUUUCGGGUUCGAACACAUGUGCGAGACAGAAGAAUUCCUCGCAUCCCUCGUGCACUCGCUCUCUCGCGACGCCUCAGCCUCCUCCUCCGAUCUCAGCGCGUACUGCGAACUCCCCUUCUUCCACGACGUCGACCAUACCCUCAGAUGCGACGACAUCUUUGAAGGCGAAUACCUCGUUCUACCCGGGACACCCGAGUCCGUCUCCUCCCUCCAUGCUCUCCCCGGUUCAGAAGACUACGAAGAAGACGAUUUCGGGGACGGGUACUCUGACGAGACGGACGACAUCGCAGAGCGGCUUGCGCGCUUCGGGAUCAGGGAGGAAGAUGUGGACGAUUGCGAGGUUGAGGGGUUAGUUGUAAAGCAUGGUGGACUCGUUUUCGCUUCGUCGCCAGAGGAGACGCUGGGUGUGGACAGUGAAGGGGAAGGGUACGAGGCCUCGGGGGAGUACGAGAGUACGGAAGGAUAUGAAGACGAUGACACGCCAACCCAGUAUUCGGAGGGAGAGGAUGCGCUCGAGGAGGGCGAAGAGGACGGAUAUCUAAUAGACGUCUUCGAACCACCCACACCGGAGAGGUACACGCCUAUUCCCUAUGGACAGCUGUUUGCCUUUUGA